UACAUGUCCCAUUGAGGACAACCCAACCCAUUGUCUAUCUAUCCAUCUCUCUUUACCCUCUUUCACACGCAGAACACAAAAUCACUUCUCUUCUCAAGCCUUCUCAAGCUUCUUUGUGUUGAAAACGUUGUUGUUUCUGCUUCAAAAGAUACUCAGACGAUCUCUGUUACGUGAGUCCUUGUUAUCUUACAACCCUAGCGUUUUUAUUUGAGUUGAAAGGAUUCUGCUUUCUAGAGCGUGAAGGUGGAGCCUAAGAUUAGUUUAGUUUUGAAAAAAUGGGUUACAUGUGUGACUUCUGUAAUGAGCAAAGAUCAAUGGUGUAUUGCCGCUCCGAUGCAGCGUGUUUGUGUCUCUCCUGUGACCGUAACGUUCACUCGGCUAACGCUUUAUCAAAACGUCAUUCUCGGACUUUGAUAUGUGAGCGGUGCAAUGCUCAGCCAGCUUCUGUUCGGUGUAGCGAUGAGAGGGUUUCUCUCUGUCAGAACUGUGACUGGUCAGGCCACAACAAUGAUGCUACUUCACAACAUAAAAGACAAAGCAUCAACUGCUAUUCUGGUUGCCCUUCUAGUGAGGAACUUGCCUCCAUAUGGUCUUUCUGUUUGGAUUUGAAUUUCUCUUCUGCUGGACAAUCUGCUUGUGAGCAAGAGAUGGGUUUGAUGACUAUUGAUGAAGGCACAGGAGAGGAUAAACCAGGCGUACAAAAUGUUAAUUUAGAUCAGCCUGGAACCAGUUCUGCAUUGGCUAAGGAUAUUGGAGUAUCAGAAGAUGAUUUUUGUGGCAAUCUCAUGAUGGAUGAAGUGGAUUUGGCUUUUGAGAAGUAUGACGAGCUCUUUGGCACAGCUUACAACUCUUCAAAAGAUCUUUUUGAACAUGGUGGAAUAGGAAGUCUUUUCGAGAAACAUGAGGGCUCAAAGGCAAUGCAGCAGCCAGCAGGAAGCAAUGCUGCAUCUGAGGAUUCUUUCAUGACUUGCAGAACCGAGCCAAUCAUUUGCUUCUCAUCACAGCCAGCUCAUUCGAAUAUAUCUUUCUCUGUCGUCAUGGGAGAUAGUAAUGCUGGAGAUUUUCAGGAUUGUGGGGCGUCAUCUAUGCAGAAGCUUUCAAGAGAGAUAACAUCACAGGAGGAGACUAAUGCUUCCUCACAUGCAACAACACGUAACAAUGCUGUUUUGCGUUAUAAGGAAAAGAAGAAGGCUCGCAAGUUUGACAAGAGAGUGAGGUAUGUCUCUAGGAAAGAAAGGGCUGAUGUGAGGAGGCGUGUGAAGGGACGGUUUGUCAAGUCAGGUGAAGCUUAUGAUUACGACCCGAUGAGCCCAGCAAGAAGCUACUGAGGAUGCCACAAAAUGGAGAUAUCAGACAAAGAGAUGAAAGUAGUGGGCAGAGUCAGGAUCACCAGUUUUAGGCCACAGAAUCUUCAUUCUUGCUUAGAGGGCUUAUGCUUCUGUCAUUGCUUCUUAAGCAUAUGAUCUUUAAAAUUUUAUUCUAUUGUAGCCAAAGCAAGACUAGGAAUGUAUACUUGUUGUUACUUAUAUGUAAAUCUGCAUAUGCUUUUCUAAUCUGUGUGCACUAUUUAUCAGUCAUGUAGGAGAGUAGAGUACCAGAGAGGCCAUGUUCUAUAUUUACAUCUGUGUUUUUGUU